CUUAGGACACUGAUUAUGAUUAUGACAUACUGGCCAUGGAGGAGGUCAUCCAGAGGAUUUGACUGCAGGUCAACCCUUGAGCUGGAACCGCGUAAUCAGAGGUUCCUGCUGCUCCCCUGUCCUCAGAACACGCUUUCUGCCCACUGUUUCCACUGCAGGAGCCACUUGGAGAGCACAGCCUUGAGAGGGUUCCGUGUUACUGAGACUGUCUACACCACACUAGAUGUGAGCCCCAGUAAGGCGUCUACAUAAAGUCCUAAGAUUCUGGCCGGCAGGUAUGGAGAGUUACUGGUCUUGCAGUGCCUGAGAAAAGCCUCCUGUGUGAAUUCCCUGGAUUAUAAAAACUGCCACCUACUAAUUUGGACUGAUGGCCUCUAUCUUGGGUCCUUGGUGACAGGGAGCCAGUUUCGGAUUUCACCCCCAGAACUCUCGAGGUUUCGAACCAACCACAGGAAUUCAGAAUAUCACGUGAAACUUUUCAAAAUCGUUUAUCAUAUGAAGAGGACAUUUGGGAAGUAAUUGAGGAUACUGAAACUGUAUGUGGCCUAAUUCAUAAACCACUUGAGUUAAAAAGAGUGUUACAAGUGACCUUUCACAGGUGAUGGGUAUUGAUUUGAAUAUGCUGAUGAAAUCACUUGGUUUGCAAGAUGUUUGAUAAAAAAAACGAAACCUUAAACUCCCAGCUCUGUUGGAACAGAUGAUGUUUUGCUGCCUGGUGCACCAAUAUUCAUUAAACAGAAGUAUGUGUCCAAAGUUCAGUCUGUACCCAAGAAUCAGCUUCCCCUCUGGGGCAUGGAUGAUGUUUGGGGAAGAAGGAAGACGGUCCAGAUUGAUAAAGCAAUACCCCUGGGAAAAGACGAUUAACAUGUAUAAAGGGAUUUCCCUGCAGUAUAAAUACCAGCACGCGCCCUCCUGGUGCUUCAGCGCCUCCCUGAUGUAUAUAUGCAGGUAGUGAGAUUUGAAACGGCCCUUUGAGAUGGUAAUAUAAUAAAACUCUGACUAGGGGAGCAGCAUUUCUCCUCAUUUUUCAACUCUCUUGUGGGAAUGAGUUGCCAACCUUUUACUUCGGCUGAUACCUUUAUACCUCUGAAUUCUGAGUCUUCUGCAACUCUGCCUCUGAUAAUGCACCACAGCGCUGCCGAGUGCCUACCAGUCUCCAACCAUGCCACCAACGUGAUGUCCACAGCAACAGGACUUCAUUAUUCUGUUCCUUCCUGUCAUUAUGGGAACCAGUCAUCAACCUAUGGAGUGAUGGCAGGCAGCUUAACCCCUUGUCUUUAUAAGUUUCCCGACCACGCCUUGAGUCAUGGCUUUCCCCCCAUGCACCAGCCUCUCCUGCCGGAGGACCCCACAGCCGCUGAUUUCAAGCAGGAGCUCAGGCGGAAAAGCAAGUUGGUGGAAGAACCAAUAGACAUGGAUUCUCCAGAAAUCCGGGAACUUGAAAAGUUUGCCAAUGAAUUUAAAGUGAGAAGAAUUAAGUUAGGCUACACCCAAACGAACGUUGGGGAAGCCCUCGCAGCCGUGCAUGGCUCGGAGUUCAGUCAAACAACUAUAUGCCGAUUCGAAAACCUGCAGCUCAGCUUCAAAAAUGCGUGCAAACUAAAAGCAAUAUUAUCCAAGUGGCUGGAGGAAGCUGAGCAAGUAGGAGCUUUAUACAAUGAGAAAGUGGGAGCAAAUGAAAGGAAAAGGAAACGGAGAACAACUAUCAGUAUUGCUGCUAAAGACGCUCUAGAGAGACAUUUUGGAGAACAGAAUAAACCUUCCUCUCAAGAGAUCCUGCGGAUGGCUGAAGAACUGAAUCUGGAGAAAGAAGUAGUGAGGGUUUGGUUUUGCAACCGAAGGCAAAGAGAAAAACGGGUGAAAACAAGUCUGAAUCAGAGUUUAUUUACUAUUUCUAAGGAGCAUCUUGAAUGCAGAUAAGGUUUCUUGUCAUGUAAUAGCCAGGUUUUCUAUUUUUUCAUUCCUUUCUCUUCUCCAGCCAAAAUAGAAUUAGUUAUUUGGUUAGCUUCAAAAAAAAUAUUUCAGUAACUUUUGUAGAACCUAUUCUUUUCUAGUUUAAAAAAUACAGUUUAAAUUAUAUUGAUGAAUUACUCUCUGAAGCCACAUUGUACAUUUUAAGCCAAAGACUAAUAGGAAUAAAACAAUGAUUUUCUCUCUCCCAGUGUCUCUCUCUCCACACACACACAUACACAUGAGUGUGCACAUGGGUCUUCUAGUUUAAAGGUUCUUUUUCCAAAGGCUAUAAAUCUGCUUUUUUGUUUCAGGCAGUAAUGUCACAUAAAGAAUAUCAUCAGAGAGGAUCCAACCAGAAAAGUCCUUAACUGACAUCCUGCUUGCAUCAUCUCUAAUAGUUUUUCUGAACUAAAAGUUUUGCACUUAUGAACCAGAGGUGCCUUAGAAUUUUAUUAUUGCAUGUAGGAAUAAAUCUUAAUCAGAAGUGACACCUUUGAAGUUAACAUUCAUGGCAUAGAGACCAAAGAAGUGUUUCAAAAGAGAUUUAUAGAAAUAUUAAUUUAUGAUGUUUUUAUUUUUCCCAGACAUUAGCCUUUUUGAUGUUUAGCUAUGGAAAGUAAACUCCAUGGAUUCUUGGGCCACACUACAAUUUCUGUAAGCUGCAACGGUGCAAGGGAGAUGUCCGGGUUGUUUGCUGUGGUUUCUCCGGCGUCUGGGAAAGCGUCUCAUCACAGUGAGCAUGCGAUCUUUGUUGUAUGAACAAAGGGGUGUGCUCUUAACAAUGGCUACAAACUUGAAGGGUGUCUAAUUUAAUAAUAUAACUUAUUUUUGGAAAUCUCUAACUAGAAAAUCAUCUGGGGUCCUAUCAGAAAAGACUAUCACUUUUGGUUUAAUUGGUUAGAAUAUGAUUUAUUAUUAAUAAAAAAGUUUGGUAUAUUGAGCUUUGCAAUUCAGGGAAUUGUACCUUAAGGAAUAUAUUUAUUUAAUUUAUAAGAAUGUGCACUGUACAGCACAGGGAAUAUAGCCAGUAUUUUAUAAUCACUUUAAAUGGCGUAUAAUCUAUAAAAAUAUUGAAUCACUAUGUUGUACACCUGAAAUUAACAUAAUACUGUAAAUCAACUAUACUUCAAUUUGAAAAAAGAGAAUGCAUUUCUUUGAACCUUGUAGGUAGAAGCAAACUAUGUAAUGUGAUAUCACUAUCAAAUAGUAAAUUUUUUUUUUGCAUUUUGAAUGUAAAUCUGCUGGCAAUGUUUAUAUAACUUAUUUUAUAUAACAAACGGGAACAAUUAGAUCAAAUUUUAUUGUUUAGAAUGCUUACUAAAUAAACUGUACUGUCCAGUCUCUUGCUCUUUAUAAUAUUAAUAAAGACCAUGCAUUACACAGGCCAUAAUCUAUGCAGAUCAUACAUGUCUGUGCACACAUACUCAGCAUUAAUUGGAUGGCUAGAAACUUUGAUAUAUUAACAACAAAAAAUUUAGUUUUCAGUAGCUUGAUCAGCCAUGUUUAAUCAUGCAACUU